CUCGCCCCGCGAGGGCGAAACGCUUUCUCCCGGCAUGCAGCGCGAGGAGGGAUUUAACACCAAGAUGGCGGACGGCCCGGAUGAGUACGAUACCGAGGCGGGCUGCGUGCCCCUUCUCCAUCCCGAGGAAAUCAAACCCCAAAGCCAUUAUAACCAUGGAUAUGGUGAACCUCUUGGACGGAAAACUCACAUUGAUGAUUACAGCACAUGGGACAUAGUCAAGGCUACACAAUAUGGAAUAUAUGAACGCUGCCGAGAAUUGGUGGAAGCAGGUUAUGAUGUUCGACAACCAGACAAAGAAAAUGUUACACUCCUCCAUUGGGCUGCCAUUAAUAACAGAAUCGACUUAGUCAAAUACUAUAUUUCGAAAGGUGCUAUAGUGGAUCAACUUGGAGGCGACCUAAAUUCAACUCCAUUGCACUGGGCCACAAGACAAGGUCACCUAUCCAUGGUUGUGCAACUAAUGAAAUAUGGUGCCGACCCUUCAUUAAUUGAUGGAGAAGGAUGUAGCUGUAUUCAUCUGGCUGCUCAGUUUGGACAUACCUCUAUUGUUGCUUACCUCAUAGCAAAAGGACAGCUUUCGCUUUCUGUGCUGGAUUCAGUAAUCCUUUGCAGCUACACAGAAAAUGCUCACCAUUACGGGGUUAUUAUGGAAGUUAACAUGGGCUGGGAAGCACAUCAUUCUGACCCUGUGGAUCCAACUAGAUUGCUUUUAACAUUCAAUGUUUCAGUUAACCUUGGUGACAAGUAUCACAAAAACACUGCUCUGCACUGGGCAGUGCUAGCAGGGAAUACCACAGUCAUUAGUCUUCUUUUGGAAGCUGGAGCUAAUGUGGAUGCCCAGAAUGUCAAGAGUGAAUCAGCACUUGAUUUAGCAAAGCAGAGAAAAAAUAUAUGGAUGAUCAACCAUUUACAAGAGGCAAGGCAAGCAAAAGGAUACGACAACCCAUCUUUCCUUAGAAAGCUAAAAGCUGAUAAGGAAUUUCGUCAGAAGGUUAUGCUCGGAACUCCUUUUCUAGUUAUUUGGCUGGUUGGGUUUAUAGCAGACCUAAAUAUUGAUUCUUGGCUCAUUAAAGGGCUAAUGUAUGGUGGUGUUUGGGCUACAGUACAAUUUCUUUCAAAAUCCUUUUUUGAUCAUUCAAUGCAUAGUGCAUUGCCCCUUGGAAUAUAUUUGGCAACCAAAUUCUGGAUGUAUGUGACGUGGUUUUUCUGGUUUUGGAAUGAUCUCAACUUUUUAUAUAUCCAUCUUCCAUUCCUUGCCAAUAGUAUUGCACUUUUCUACAACUUUGGAAAGUCUUGGAAAUCAGAUCCAGGAAUUAUUAAAGCCACAGAAGAGCAAAAGAAAAAGACAAUAGUUGAACUUGCAGAGACAGGAAGUCUGGACCUCAGUAUAUUCUGCAGUACCUGCUUGAUACGGAAACCAGUGAGGUCCAAACAUUGUGGUGUGUGCAACCGCUGCAUAGCAAAAUUUGAUCAUCAUUGCCCAUGGGUGGGUAACUGUGUAGGUGCAGGCAACCAUAGAUACUUUAUGGGCUACCUAUUCUUCUUGCUUUUUAUGAUCUGCUGGAUGAUUUAUGGUUGCAUUUCUUACUGGGGACUCCACUGUGAGACCACUUACACCAAGGAUGGAUUUUGGACAUAUAUUACUCAAAUUGCCACAUGUUCACCUUGGAUGUUUUGGAUGUUUCUGAACAGUGUUUUUCAUUUCAUGUGGGUGGCUGUACUACUCAUGUGUCAGAUGUACCAGAUAUCAUGCUUGGGAAUUACUACAAAUGAAAGGAUGAAUGCCAGAAGAUACAAACAUUUUAAAGUCACAACAACAUCUAUUGAAAGCCCAUUCAACCAUGGAUGUAUAAGAAACGUCAUAGACUUCUUUGAAUUUCGAUGCUGUGGCCUCUUUCGUCCUGUUAUUGUGGACUGGACCAGGCAGUAUGCAAUAGAAUAUGACCAGAUAUCAGGAUCUGGGUACCAGCUUGUGUAGCAGCCUAUUUUCUAAUGAAGCAGAUUGCUGAGUGGUGCCUGAAAACUGUAUCUGUCCGUGUCUCUCUCACUCUCGAAUCCACAUCCUUUGAACAAUAGCAUGUUGUGUGUAGGGCUAACAAUUAAUUUUACAGUUUUAUUUUUUCCAACACUUUUAUUAACAGAAGUAAAGAUGGACAGAACACACUGCCACUACUGGAAAGAAGAAAUGCCAUAGGAUUUUAAUGGUUCUUCAUGUGGAAAUUUCCAACCUACUCAACUUUUGGGUUUUGUUCUCAUACUUUCCAUGAAAAGAGAGUGGACUAUUCUGUUGACAGAUAUGGUGUACUGAUUAGAAAUGCUUGAUUCUAGUUAAAACGAAAUUUACAGCAUAUGGUUACACUUUGUGAUGCAAGCUACUGUUUAUGAUGCAAUCUACUGAGUCAGAACCAACCCAACAGCACCUAACAACUGAUAGUAACUGCAUCUCAUUCCAGAAGAGUCGUCUCAAAUUGAUUCCGAUUCAUACUGUGUACAUUUUAGAAUGUACAUGUAAGUAAUGUGAUACAAAUCAUGUGGUCAUAUUAGGGAUCUACUGCAAUGUUUCUUCAAAGGCGUAAGAAAAUAAUGUUCUUAAAAAAUGUGCUAAAAAUAUUUUCUAUCAGCUGUUGCCUGGCUGGUGUUUCUAGUUCAGUAAAAUAAUUUGUAGUAACCUUGCGCUGGGGUCUUCUGGUCUGAUGAUAAAGCACUUGCAUGAGCAUCGUAAGUCACAUUAUUUUGUUCAAACUUAAAAGCCCUACUAAGUGCAUGAUAAAUUUUGUAGGAUGUAUACUAGUAGACACUAUCCAGUGAGUAUAACUUAGAAUUUACCUCGCUGUGCAAAUAGCAUAAUUCUUAAGAAUUGAGGUGACAUUUCCAGGAAAGGCAGAACAAAUAAGUUAAUUCAAAAUUCUUAAGUCCUAGAUAUAAAUGGAUAUUUCUUAAAAUUCCAAGAUGCAAAAUAAACUGUAGGCAAAAUAAUGGCAUUUAUCUAAAGAUGGAGCAUGAUCUCUGUACAUAGCACAUGUGAAUUAAAGAAAAACUAAUGGUAUAUGUGGUUUUUCAAAAAUGACCUAUCGGAACAUAGAAUUUAAUCCCAAAGAUUAUUUCAAUUUUCCUAAUAUUGAAUGUUUUUAAAUUCAUUAAAGCUCUGUGUAAACAGUUCAGAAAGAUUUUUUUACUGUAAACAUGAUGCACUGAUCAGUUUGUGUUACAGCAUUUCCAUACUCUCAAGGUGAACUACUAGACACUUGCUUCAUAAAUAUUGUUUACAGGGUAAGACUUGGUUUAGUCCUCUAAUGUGCUGUAGCAAACUGUGGUUCGAGAAACCUGUGGGAAACCUGUGAGAGGGAACGGGGUAGGUGGGUGGGUGGUCAGACUGAUAACAGAUCCUAGACCAGUGUAAAGAAUGUGUAUCUGUAUAUAUAUAAUUUAUCAAAUAGUUUUCUCCUUGUGUCUGUAUGUGUUAGUGUAUUUAAAGCUGCUCAUUUCAUUUUAUCCAACCAAAAAGAAAAGGGAGAUAACUAAUGAGCUUCUAGUGCUGUCCAAUAUUGCUGUUAAUAGGCAUUACACCCUGCAAGUUCACUGCAUGUCUGCUGCUUGGUAAAAUUAGUUUUCCCUGUAAAACGCAGAUUACAGGGAUUAAAGCAAUCUAGUGGUAUAACCCGCCCCUGGCCUUAGUAAGAGGAGCAGUGAAAAUGUAUAUAGUUGAUGUUCAGUAUUUCCAAGUACAUUUUUAUAUAUAUAUAUAUAUAAAUAUAUAGUUGUUCCUUUGACCACAAGUCACACAUCAAAAAAGACUACCCUUAGUGUAUGUGAGUGUUUUAAUAUUAGAAAAAUUGGCAUAUGUACUUUAUUUUUGAAAAGGAAAGAGAGGGUGUGGGGUGGCAAUAGCACUGUGCCAUUUUUGUCAUAGAAUGUAAGAAACUGGUUAAUUUUACAAAUGUGUCUGCUAGUUUUGACUACUAAUUGGGGGAAUUUUUAGAUAUUUUUUGAAUUCAAAGUUAUUUAUACAAUAGUAGAAUUUUGUUUUAAUUUUUGUAUUUUGAGCCACUUCACAUGAAAACUCAGUUUUGAUUUUUAUCAAAUACAUUUUUAUGAACAGUUGGUUGAAGACUGGUAGUUUUCUCCAAGUUUGGAUAAGAGUGUUGUUACCAUUUUCUUUCUUUGUGGUACAAUAUUCUUUUUAGUGCACAUGACAUAUCUGUAGUUAAACAGAGAAAAAGACAACCCUCUGGGAUGUAAAAUUAUAUGGGAAAUACUACCAAUGUGAAUUCUUUAGUACUAACCAUCUCAUAGUACAAAUGAAAUCUGUAACUCAGAAAUGGGCAGAUGAUACGGAGCCAACCGUGCAGCAGCUACCGUCUUUUAAAUUAUUUCGUAGGCCCUGUGUGUGGAACCAAUUUAAUCCACUGCUAACGUGUGUGAGGGUGACACAUUGGGGAACAGUGCACAUCAGCUUAAUUGGAUAAUUUAGCAAGUAGCAAUUUAAUUUAGCCUCAGCCCAGACAUGAAUUUCUUCCUUGGAGUUUUUAUUCAUAAUUUUUCAUGUUCCCAGGAACUUAUUUAAAAUAUUAAUAAAUGUAAAACAGCAUUAUUACAUCUUAAACUAUGGAUUUUUUAAAAAUAUUUUCUUUAUAACUGUGCCAAGUAUUAUUUUAUUACUUACUGUGUUACUCUGUGGAAAGAAAAACCUGUAAAGUGUUUAAUAAAUUAGCUCUCCUUACAUAAAUUAAUUCUGUGAAAAUUUUGUAAAAUAUUAAUCAGAAUAAAUAUUGACUCUUAAUUA